AUGUUCCGAGGACCAGCAUGUGCUCUUUUGUGGAUUUUGGUCACCCUAUUUGGCACCGUCAAGCCUGAGCCCCUAAAUGAUCAAGUGUCUCUGUCGAAGAGGGCGUCAAUCGACCUCGCUAUCACGGCCAACUUCCCGGAUCCGAGUAUCAUCAAGGUCAACGGCACUUGGUAUGCGUUUGCUACGCACACCCGGGGCACCAAUAUCAAAAUCCAAGUCGCGAAGUCUUCCAACUUCGAGGACUGGUCGAUUGUAAAGAACGCGGAUGGCUCACAAUUUGAUGCCCUGUCUGUGCUCCCUGCAUGGGUACGAAUGGCCAACUACUUGACAUGGGCCCCAGAUGUCCAACAGCUAGAUGAUGGCUCCUUCAUCAUGUAUUACUCGGCCACUACAGCAGCAAGACCGGAUGGGUCAAAACAUUGCGUUGGCGCUGCUACGUCACCAUCGAUUCUAGGUCCUUACACUGGGCUACCUGAUGCGCUGUUCUGUCCACUGUCCAAAGGGGGUGCAAUUGAUGCAGCGGGAUUCAAAGACAGAGACGGUAGACGCUAUGUUGUCUACAAGGUCGAUGGCAACAGCCAGGGCAGAGGCGGGGCAUGUGGGAACACUGUAGCUCCUAUCGUCGGUACGCCGCUCAUGCUACAGCCCGUGGCUGCAGAUGGGUACACCUUUACUGGAAACGCAGUCGCUCUCCUGGAUAACGACGGUGCUGCAGAUCAAGGAAUCUUAGAAGCUCCUGUCCUUACUCGGUCCAGAGCCGGAGUAUACUUCCUCUUCUUCAGCAGUGGCUGUUUUGCGAGUUCAGGAUACACGGUCUCGUACGCGACCGCAACCAGUCUUAUGGGACCAUAUACACGCGCAAGCGGCCCAUUAUUCAGGACUGGUGACGGGAAUGGACUCAAGGCGCCUGGUGGUAUGUCGGUAUGGGGAGACAAUAGACACAUGGUCCUUCAUGCGAAUUACGGAGGUGGCCGUGCCAUGUAUACCACAUUAAUAGCGCUGAAGGGAACAGAAGUCAUCACCAUGUGA